CCUCACCAUGUGGAAACGUCCUCACUGAAUGAGCUUGUCAAAAAAAAAAAAAAAAUCCUGAGGAAAUUGCUGCUGAUGAAGAACAAGACGACAAGGCAUUUGGUACAGAAUAAUGGCAGCACCUGAUCUCCUGGAUCCAAAAUCAGCAACACAUAACACUAAACCUCGCCUGUCCUUUUCAACCAAACCCAUAGUUUUAAAUUCAGAUGAUGACAGUGACUCAAUCACAACAGUCAUGAAGUGGAAAACAGUCUCUGCCAUCUUCCUUUUAGUUGUACUGUAUUUGAUCAUUGGUGCUACAGUGUUCAAAGCCCUGGAGCAGCCUCAUGAGAGUUUGCAGAAGCUUGCGAUUCUGGAUGGGAAGCUGGAGUUCCUAUCUAGCCACUCUUGCGUGAACUCCACUGAGCUGGAGGACCUCGUUCAGCAAGUGGUGGCAGCAAUAAGAGCUGGUGUUAACCCGUCUGGAAAUUACUCCAAUCAGACCAGCAUAUGGGACCUUAGUAGUUCCUUCUUCUUUGCUGGCACCGUCAUAACCACCAUAGGCUUUGGAAAUAUUUCGCCACAUACUAAAUGUGGGAGAAUAUUCUGCAUCAUUUAUGCUUUGCUGGGAAUUCCACUCUUUGGGUUUCUUUUGGCUGGAGUUGGGGAUCAGCUGGGGACAAUUUUUGGAAAAGGAAUAGCCAAAGUUGAAGACAUGUUUGUUAAAUGGAAUGUGAGCCAAACCAAGAUACGUGUGAUAUCUACUGUCUUGUUCAUCCUCUUUGGCUGCCUGCUGUUUGUAGCCAUCCCUGCGAUCAUAUUCCAACAUAUAGAAGGCUGGAGCACCCUUGAGUCCAUCUAUUUUGUUGUCAUCACUUUAACGACUAUUGGCUUUGGUGAUUUUGUUGCAGGUGGAUCAGAAACUGAAUACCUGGAUUUCUAUAAACCGGUUGUAUGGUUUUGGAUCCUGGUUGGCCUUGCUUACUUUGCUGCUGUUCUUAGCAUGAUAGGAGACUGGUUCCGGGUGAUAUCCAAGAAAACUAAAGAAGAGGUGGGAGAGUUCCGUGCCCAUGCUGCAGAAUGGACAGCCAAUGUCUCAGCAGAGUUCAAAGAGACUCGCAGGCGUCUGAGUGUGGAGAUCUAUGACAAGUUUCAACGAGCUGCUUCCAUCAAACGCAAACUGUCGGCAGAGAUGGGGCUCAACCCCAACCAAGAGCUGACUCCGGCCAAGAGGACUCUCUCCGUUAACUUUACAGAUGAACGAGAAAGAGAUGCCCCACAAACCUUGACAAAAAACGGCAGCCUUUACCUAAAUGGUUUGAGUGCACACUACGCCAGUGGGGAAAUUGUUGUCAUUGAACACAUUAAAUAA